AUGUCCAAAGAGGUCUUUAACGAGGGGCCCACAACCUCUCAACAUGUCGAGUCCGCUGAUGAUGACUAUUUCAAAAAAACAACUUUCAAGUUGAAGAGGACACGUUCCAUGGGUCUAUUGGAUGGUUUCAUUAACCAGGCACAUUCUACGGAUGAUGAAUCCUCUAGACCUACAACUGAAAACCCUAAUAAAAUUACUUCCAGAGACUUUGUUUCCGAUGCUACUUUGCAGAAGCUUAAUCUUAUUCCUCCUUCAUCUCCCUCCCCAUAUACAGAAGAGGAACUCAACCAUGUGCCCAGCUUUUACACUAAAGUGAUGCCUUCCAAGAACAGCACAGAUGUGUUCCAACAGGCUCGAAAUAUUCCCUCUGGGGUCUCUCUAGUACCUAAACAUGAGCUCAGGCGCCAAGAAAUUCAGCAACAGCAACAGCAGCAACAGCAGGAAAAGCUUCGGCAGCAUCACAUCGAUCUCAUGGCUAGCCAUGCUCUACAUGAUGAUACAGACGUUGAAGACAGACCUAAACAACAUGUCGACUACCUUUCACACAAAUGGGGGGCGGAAGAUGAAGUGUUAAAAUGCUGGCGAUACGUCGUGUUGAAAAAGCAUGAUUUUGCCGAUGCUGCCAGACUUGAAAAUGCCUCCUGGAGGACCUGGGCUCAAACUAGAAGCCAUCUCAAAACUAUUUCUCCAGAAGAGCUCAACUGGAGUAAAGAUUCAGACGUGACUUGGUUGUAUGGACCUGCCUUUCGCGAAGAGGACAAGCCUCUCUCAUCAGACCCUUCGCUUUCAUAUUCAUCUCUUCGUCCUCAGCAUCAUAGAUCCUCUUCAUACAGCACAGCAAAACAUAGUCAUUUAAUGUCCGAACCUUCUGUAUCAUCACCUACUGCAGUAACGCACGGCCCAGCUCCUGUUGUCGAUGAUAAUGCCAACGACUCUACUGGAAACGGCGAACAUCUCAAGUCAAUAUUGAAGAAGAAGUCAAACGUUGAAAAUUUGAUUGGUGACGCCUCUUAUAGCAGGCUUCAAUCCCUUCUCGAAGAGAGGGAGCACAGGUUUAACGGCAGCCCCAUUCUUGAAUCGACGUCAUCAGGUGCUCUCACUGCAUCACCCGCUGUAGUUUCCUUACUUCACAGAGAAACGCCGUCUCCUUUAUUAUUAGCAGGUCACGCUUCCAACUCCAGGGUCGUCGGCACACCAGCACUUGGCCGUGCAUCGAGCAGCGAUUCGUCCUCAUUGGUUCCUUCUACUCACAGCGGCAGUAUAGUUACAUCACAUACAACAACGCUCCAAAAGUCAUCUCUCAAGAAGAAAGAUCCCCUUGCAAGUUUUAUCAAUAAACCUGAGCGUCAUAUACACUUCAAUACACGAGUCGACCAGUGUAUAGCUGUUGAUGAUUCGCCAGCCUUGGAAUCGGAUACUAUGAGUAGCGACAGCGAUAGCAGUGAGGAUGUUCCUCUCGGACCGGCAGAUGAGAAUUCAAGCUUUCCUUAUUCAGAGGAGUCAGAGCAGACGUUUAACGAGUACUAUAGCGGCGAUGACUCGUCCUCUCUGGAUGAGGAUUCUUCUUUUGGAAGCAAGCCUUGCAGUACCGAUUCAAUUAAGCGUGAAAACUUCGAUCAUUAUGAUGAUAAAGACGACGGUUUAGUCUUUAAAGCUUCGAGCUUGCCUGCCAGCAUGUCUCGUAAGCCUGUACAUCACUUAUCGUCGGCGCAUGCACAUUCUUCAUCAUAUACCUCGAUUGCACCACUACCGGCUACUGCACUAAAGACUUGUUCUGAUGAUGAAGAUGAAAAUGAACGCUCUAUGUACACGGUUUCUCACAAUACUCGAACCAAUAGAGGUUACGAGUAUUACUACGAUUACAAUAGGGUGUAUAGCAACGAUGCCAACCCUGUGUAUUCUGUUGUUACCAACGGUAACGGAGAUGUUGAAAUGGUGGAUGUUCCGCAGAGUUUUCAGAUGGAAGAUGCACCAAUGACGGAUACACCUGCAGUUGUCGAUGUUCCUGCUUCUAUAUCCAGCGAUUUGCCUCAAGACGUUGAUAUUGGUGCUGAUUACGAUCAGCAGUCGCAACCUCUAAUGGUUAAUACUGGCGACACUUCACUGAAGCCCACUACAGGUAUAGAUACUGCUGGUCCGUCACCGGGAGUGUCCAAGAUCAAGGUUGGAUUAAGCGGCUUAAAUUUGAAUAGUACGGGCUUAAGGGGAAGUACAGGAGUCGGAUCCAAACAACAGUUGUUUCAAUUGGCCGACCAAGUCCCACAACAGCACAAGCAGCAACAUACUAAGCACCAGCAUCCUUCCCGAAGAAGUAGCCUGGCAUCCCAAAAUUCAAGAAAAACGUUUGUGUUUGGUUCAGACAGUGAAUCCGAUAGUGGUUCAGACUCCAGCUCUUCAAGUUGCUCAAGCUGCAGUUACAGUUCUAGUGUGGGAAGUGAUAGCAGCAAUACUCAUAGACCACAAUAUUCAGCACCCAUAGGAGGGAAAGCUUACAGAGAAGGCCUCGAUGUGCAGGCCCCUCAGUCAAAUGAUUCUGGAUCUAGCGACGAUGACGACGACGACGAAUGCUUCGUAUUGAAUGCAAUGCCAAGGAAUAGGUCAUUUUCAAGGGGAGCGCCUCUUUCCGUAGGAAACGGUACUACGGUUUCUGGGACCACUAAUACUACUGUUCAAUCACCAGGCGCUUUCUACGACAAAAAGGAAAAUAGUUAUGAUUCGCUCGCGUCUCUGACAACCGAAGAAGCUCCUCAUAGACGCAAGCAGGAUGAAAAUAGCAGCAAUAAGAACUCAUAG